CCCCCACGGCAACCGCCACUAACGGUCGCUGCCCCGCGGGGCUCGCGCGCGCCCUGCAGCCGCCCCGGCCCGGUCGCCCGCCCUCGCCGGCGCAGCCCCCCACCCCCGGCCGCGGCGCCUCUGCCCGGCCGCGGCGGGCGCCUAGCAGGCGGCCUGGCUCCUCCCCUCUUCCUCAGGAGCAGGGAAAGCCCCGCAGCCAGCCCCUCUUCCUGCCCCCCUCCUCUCCUCUUCCCCCCUUCCCCCCCCAGCCCCGCUCGCUCCUGGUGCAAUGGAAGUCCCCGGUAAUCCUUCUUCCCGGUAACAGGCAGCGGCCCCGACUCAGUGGAAAAUGCUGGGCAUGUACGUGCCGGACAGGUUUUCCCUGAAGUCGUCAAAAGUGCAGGACGGGAUGGGGCUCUACACGGCCCGCAGAGUGAAAAAGGGUGAAAAAUUUGGCCCUUUUGCAGGGGAGAAGCGAAUGCCUCAGGAACUGGAUGAGAACACAGACUGCAGGCUCAUGUGGGAGGUUCGUGGGAGUAAAGGUGAAGUCCUUUAUAUCUUGGAUGCAAGUAAUCCACGCCAUUCUAAUUGGCUGCGUUUUGUCCAUGAGGCUCCAUCACAGGAACAAAAAAACCUGGCGGCCAUCCAGGAAGGGGAAAACAUUUUCUAUCUGGCUGUGGAAGAUAUUGAAACAGACACAGAACUUCUGAUUGGUUACUUGGACAGUGACAUGGAAGAGGAGGAAGAGGAGGAGGAAGAAGUCACAAUUAUCCAGGAAGAUGAAGACAGUAGCAGCAAUAAAGAAGUGCAGCCAGUUGGUGAAAAAAGUGCAGAUCCCCUGAGCUGUAAAGAGGACCAUGCAUGCCCAAACUGUGAAUCCAGUUUUGCCAGCCAGGAGAUUCUAGCUGAACAUCUUCAGACAUUGCACCAAAAACCCAGUGAAGAGAAGGAAUUUAAAUGCCGAAACUGUGGAAAGAAAUUCCCUGUUAAACAAGCUCUACAGAGACAUGUACUUCAGUGCACAGAGAGUAUCAACCCAGGAGACUCUUCAAGAAGUUUUCAGUGCUCUGUUUGCAAUACUUCCUUCAGCUCAGAAUCGAGUUAUGAACAGCACAAGGAGGCGUGCAGAGGGGAUGCCAGAUUCAUAUGCAAGGCAGAUAGCUGCGGGAAGAGGUUCAAGAGUAAGGAUGCCCUGAAAAAACAUAAGGAAAAUGUUCACAGUGGAAAUUCUAGGAAGAAGCUGAUGUGUUCGGUGUGCAAUAAGAAAUGUUCCUCAGCAACAAAUCUCCAAGAGCAUCGAAAGGUUCAUGAGAUCUUUGAAUGUCAGGAGUGUGACAAGAAAUUUAUUUCAGCUAAUCAACUAAAACGCCAUAUGAUAACUCAUUCAGAAAAACGCCCCUACACCUGCGAGGUUUGCAAUAAGUCCUUCAAACGACUUGAUCAAGUGACUGCACACAAAAUAAUACACAGUGAAGAUAAACCUUAUAAAUGCAAGCUUUGUGGAAAGGGAUUUGCCCACAGAAAUGUUUACAAGAAUCACAAGAAGGUACAGCACAGACAGCAGCACUGCGAGCUUCCCCACAGUGUCUCAUCAAUAUGUCUCAACCCUGUUCUGGAGGAACCACCUAUUGAGACCCAUUCUGAAGAGAGACCAUUCCAGUGUGAAGAAUGCAAGGCUUUGUUCCGAACCCCAUUCUCUCUACAAAGGCAUCUACUAAUUCAUAACAGUGAGAGGACCUUCAAGUGUGAUCACUGUGAUGCUACCUUCAAAAGAAAGGACACAUUAAAUGUUCAUAUUCAAGUUGUACAUGAUGGUCAUAAGAAAUACAAGUGUGAUCUCUGUGACAAAGCUUUUGUGACACCCUCUGUCCUGAAAAGUCAUAAGAAAACUCACACAGGAGAAAAGGAGAAAAUCUGCCCGUACUGCGGACAGAAGUUUGCAAGCAAUGGAACACUGAGAGUUCAUAUUCGAAGCCAUACAGGUGAGCGUCCUUACCAAUGUCCUUACUGUGACAAAGCUUUCAGCAAGAAUGAUGGAUUAAAGAUGCAUAUUCGCACUCACACAAGGGAAAAGCCGUACCAAUGUUCUGAGUGCAACAAGGCUUUCAGUCAAAAGCGAGGCCUAGAUGAGCACAUGCGAACCCACACCGGAGAGAAGCCAUUUCAGUGUGAUGUUUGUGAUCUGUCCUUCAGCCUGAAGAAAAUGCUGAUCCGACACAAGCUGACUCACAACCCCAAUCGCCCAAUGGCAGAAUGCCAGCUUUGCCACAAGAAGUUUACAAGAAACGAUUACCUCAAAGUGCACAUGGAAAAUGUCCAUGGUGAAACUGACAGCUAAUUACAGCUUGUGCAAGAAGAAUAUUUCUCAUGUUCCAAAAUGCUCCAUUUAUACAUGUGUAGACUCCAGAUUUCUCACCUGACUAGUGAACAUAGUCAGGAGAAACAACUGUAAUGUGUUCACAUACCAUUUUUCCUGCUUUGUUUUGUUUUUAUCCUACUAGAGGAUAAAAAAAAAAUCACCUGAAGUAAAAAACAUCGAAAAUAAAAAGGUGAAGAUAGCAGAACUUUGGGAAGCUUUUAACCUAAUUAAAAGAAAGUUUAAAUAAAAUUCACCUCUUCACUUGCAGCCUUCGAAACAUAGGUAUUGGUGGCAUUACCUGGAUAGUUUGGUCAUUUUGCAACUGAACCCUUGGCUGUCUACAACUCUCUAUUUCUGUAUCUGAGCUUCAGGACUCCAUUAAAAAUUGUUUAGUUGGAAACUGUGCGGAAUUUAUUGUCAUUAUGAUGGACUACUGAUUGCAUCUAGGCAUAUUUAUUCAAAUCUUAAUGCUGCAUUUUAUUGUAACAUAAUUUUGUCUCAUUUUAUUUACAGCUUUUUGACUUGAAUUGGUUCUCAGCAUGCCGAAAGGUAUGAGUACAUAAGCUGCAGAAAUCUGUCACCUUAAUUUCUCUAUGAGCAUUGAGAAGGAUGUAAUUUCUUCUGGUAACAUGAAACAAGCCAGAAGUGAAAAAUGUGAGCAGUUUAGUUUAGCUACUAUAUUCAUACUCAUCAUUGUGACUGGAAAGGCAAGUGGAAUUUUAAGAGUGGCUUACAGUGACUUACAGAGCAGUUACAGUUGUCUAGUUAACAUGUGUUUGAUUUCCUGGUGAACAGCUGGUUUCCAGAGUGUUUCCUCCUGCUAAAUCAGAUGCCCUAGUUUUUUUCAUCCUGAUUAAUUAGCCUUGUUUUCUUACUCCUGUUAAUGAGCACUGGGAAAAAUACUGCUUUACAACUAAGUAACAGUCAAAUUCUUUCAGAUACCAUAUUAAGAGUUAUUUGCUAUGGCUCUUAAAAAGAGUUCCCACAGGUCCUCUUUGUAUCACAACUAGAUGACUAAGAGAUUUUUAUCUAAAAGGACACUAAAAGCGUAACUUAAAAGGGUGAUUGCAUGUGAAAUUCCUGAGUUAUCUGCAGUUUGUUAAGGCUCUGCCAUUACUGUACUGUUACAUUUGUUUUGGACCAUUCAGUGUUUUUUAAAACAAACUCAUAACAGCACAUCUUGCUUCUGCUAGUUUUCAUGGGAAAAAAAAUCAGCUUCUUUCUGCACUGCUACAGGGACCCUGUUGCAUUGAAGUGAACAGCAUAAUUCUUACUGUUUAUCUCCUGGUAGACUCUCUACUAACAGCUGUUUAUCACAUGGUAGACUUUCAAUCCUAGAGGAACCGAGGCUAGCAAUAGAAAAUGUUGAUACAUUUGGUGUUUAACCUAUACUUCCUUCCUUACCAGUAGUUUGGAUCCUGUUCUACUGCAUGGGCAUCUACACGUUAUAUGUUCAAUAUUGAGACCCAACACUGAGUCCUAAUAGUAAUUCAUUCCAAACCCGUUACUUUUCCAGAAAAUAAGCAAUGAUGUUUUAUGCUUCUCUCAGAACCCAAAGAAAGCCUACCACUAGUGAGGGUAAUUGUAAAUACAGGGUCUAUUUCAGGGGGUCUGAAUGAGGGUUUUUCCUCAAUCUCCUUCCUUUCUGUUUGGAAUCCUGUAUGCUUCCUAUCCUUCUUUGGAGAGCUUUUGUUAGAGAGUUCAUCACAAUAGUAUACUUAUAGGGCCAAAGAAUUUUACAUUAAUGUAUUGCUACAAUUUUUAUAAAAAUAAAGUUAAACUGUUCAAGUAGCAGAAUCAAUGUGUACCAUAUACUGAGAUGUCUCAUGGGGUAUUUUGAUUUUUAACUACACAUUCUUAAUUAUCUGCAAGGAGAAUUAGAUAUGUGAUUUUUUUUUUUUUUGACGUGUUGGGAACAUUACAAAGGUGACUUUGUUUUGCCGUUUUGACAACAAUAAAGGCAAGAAUUUAGUCAUGGCAAAUUUGAGAUUAUAUUUUCUUCUACUUUCCUUUAUAUUUUUCCUUCCUUCCCUCUAAUCAAUUCAAACUAAAUAGUAGAGAGCAGCAGGAAAAAAAACAAAGGAAAAAAGGAAAAAAGUUCAAAGGUGAAAAUUUUCUAAGCACUUUUGAGGGACAAUAGUCAUAAAAAAACAAAAAACCACAAACCUCACCAAAACCCAAAACAACAAAAUCCCUUGGUGAUGGUGGGGUAAUUAAUAUGUAAUUUAUAUAGAGUUUUCACCAAAUAUCUUUGCUAAAAAGUUUUAUUAAAUGUUCAGAAAUAAUAAGCGUAUUUGAGAAGAGUCACUAACUGCUGAAAGUCAGUACAUGAACAGGAGAAUUUACCUAUUUUAAAGUGACUACUGGAUAAAUUAUAAUUUACAUAUUGAGAUUAAUCAUGCUGUAUGUAAUCCAUAGCAGCACCUUAACUAACUGGAGCUGUGAUCUUGUUAACGCCUUCAACAGAACAAGGGAUAGGCAAGAUCAGCGUGUGGGUUGAAGACCUGUAUGGAAAACACAAGAAGUCAGUGCAGGAAAUAACGUGGAGAUUGAAGCCUUGUUCCAAGUGGUCACUCUUGUAAUCGUGUCCACCAGGAGCUCACCUUGUCAGCCAAAGCAGUUACAGAGCAGUGCCUGUGUUAAUACAGAACCAGCACCUGUGCCAGCAGCCGCAGGUGUUCUCACUGCAAGAUCUGCUGCAUUCUUUCCAAGAGGUGCUUUUAUGUCAUGCAGUGAGAGGUAAUGUGAUCCAGAUUACUGGAUUCAUGGUGGUGAACUGUAUAAUUGAGUUUAUAUGCAAUAAAGACUUAACAUUAUAAAAUAUAUUUCUAUUUGGUCAUAGCUUUCUUAAAAAAAGUUUGAGGAAAACUUUCCGUUAACUGCCUCCCACUCAGUAUGUUCUUUGGAAAAGGCAGAGAAAAUUCCCUUCAGCUGAUUUUGAGAAAUGGGAAAUUGAAAUCUACUGGUAUAAAGAUAAAUGCUGAUUUUUGUGUUUAUAUGUUUGUUUCACUUUACUGUUUAAUAUGACAAGUCACAGAAAUCCUCUUUAGUUAAAAUAUUGACUUUUCCUUAGUAAGUUGUGCCUUGCAGGAUGACAUGAAAAGCUAGAGUUAAUACUGAGAUAACAUGUAGACACAACUGUUUGAAAAGGCUGUGAUUUUUUUCCUGCAUUGUGUAAUUUUCUGCAGAUUAUAACAUUCAAUUUGUUCUCUUUAUUUUUCCGUUGCAGUUAACCCUUCUUGGAGAGAACUCCUUCACUAAUGUUAGGAACAGCUGCAAACUCUUGUUCCUUAUGCUUUCUGUUCUCAUCAGAUAUACAGCCAAAAGCUGUUACAAAUCAUUAAUAUGAUAACAUUAGCAAGCACAAAUGAUAUUUUAUAAUUCUGUUUUGUCUGUAUGAUUGCAAAGGACUUAAUUUAUUCUUUAGUUUACAGUAGCAGCUCCUAAACAGAAGGAAAAGGAGAAAAUAGGAAGUGUGAUCAGAGGCUGUGCAUGACAUGUACACUGUCAUCACCCUCCAGUGAUGAAAGAAACCAGGAGGAAACAAUCACCCAUGUCACAGGUGGAAAAGAGAAGGAAAGAGGCUUGAUGAUUCAUUUCUCUCCAUGGAUUCUAGCUGAGAGAUCACAUGGCCCACAACUUCUGGACCUGAGAAGAUACUGUUAUCCUACUGUGACACGUUCAGAAAUAAACAAAAAAUAAGACUUCACAGGAGAAGAACUGUGAUCAUCCAGCUUACUCCAAAGGACUCUGAUUCAAGUUCAGAGAACGUUACAGAGCUGUGGGGAAAGUGAAGGAGGACAUAUUGGUCUUUUAGUGUUUGGUCAGGAUGCUUGAUCACUUGUGCUUACUAAAGGUUCUGAAUUUGGAAGCCAAAGCAAUCAAAAAGCAGGAAGAAGAUCACAAUAUAAAUAAUUUACGGAAUGCUUCAAGUGAUCAGAAAGGCUGGAAGGACAAGCAUAAUUCCUAUGUAAGUGGAAGUAGUGUCCCUCACAGCCUCUUCUGAAAUGGAUCUUGUCCCCAUAAGGAAAUGGAUUCUAAAACCAACCUUCUGGAGGGUGAACAUUAAGAUUUCAGAUGUUUUAUCUUUUUUCCAUCUAGGAGAGAGAGAAGUAUAUUUUAAAAGAACUAAAGUUGAAUUCUGAGAGUGACAAAUUUUCUGAAUUCAAGCUCUCAGAAAAUGACAGCUAUCACAGGAUUUGUGAAAAGUCCCAGUGGCUGUCAAGGCUAGAAUGAAAGUAACAUAUGCUUAAUUGUUUUUUUUUUUUUUUUUUUUUUUUUUUUUUUUUUUUUUUAGCACAUUCAUUCCUACACAUGAAAACAACCACAUAAGUGUUGAGCAGUGUUUUAACAAUUAAGACUUUGUUAUAAGUUUCUGUUUCAUCAUAUGUUGUCCUGCUGUGCUGCUCUCUAGUGCAUGUGGGUGGUUUUUUUACUUGCUACCUAGCACAUAUAUGUGUGUGUUUUCACCAAGAUCCCAAGAAGGCAUUUAAUUGCAUAUCUGACAUCCAUGAGAACUCAUAGGACUCAGAUGCUUUUAAAAAAUCAGAGGUAUAAGCACAAUCCUAAACAGGAAAAUAAGGAUGUGAGAAACUGUAACUUAUGGCUGUUUUUGACAUACUUGUUCUUUCUAAGUAACAAUUUACUCUGUAAAUGUCUUGGGGUUUUUUUUGUAAAGUGCUACUUAUUCUGAAUUAGCGAUAAAAACUUUUCCACAUAUUUUAGUACUAACAACAAAAUCCCUUAUUCUGCAAUCGUAACAUUCUCAUUUUGCUGAAGAAAGGUUAAAGUCUAUUGCUCUUUUUUUGCACCUCAACUUGCAAUCCUACUAAAUCUUUCAGUCAUCUCUCUUUACAUCUUUAUUUUCAUCACAUUUAGGUAAUCUCUGGAGGUUUAAGUUGUUUUAGCUUGGGUCCAUUGUGAGACAUUAAUAUAGGUUUGACAGAGUACAUGGAGUGGAACGUUUUGGUCUGUAACACCAAUAAAAACAGAUGGGGGAGCAGAGCUGUGUGUGACGUAAGACAUGGAGAAAUGUGGAUCUCGACAAUUAAUCAUGGUGUACUGCUGACAAAUAAGUGACAGUAAUUGAUGCAGCCCUUUUAGAGGCAAUCUGAAACUACUGCAACCUGGGUAAGUUCAUUCAUUUCUUUUUCUUUGCCAAGUUACUGGUGAAUAACAGUCCUAUGUAAUUGCCGCCCAGCAUUGCUUUAUAAGGUAACAGUGUCAGUGACAAGCCAGGAACUAAGACAAUCUAACAGUAUCUCUCUGGCUAAUUCUUGCCUGUGUUCUAUUUCUUCAAACCAUUGAUGUUUCCUAUUCAGUAUAUUGGCCACCAAAGGACUGAUGCACAGGCAUAGGAUGUGUAUUUGAAUAUCUAAAUGUGUUCCGUUGGGGUUUUCUGCUUGUCAGAUUUGCAUAGGUAUCUAGAUAAACAAUCUUGCCAGUCUAAUAGUCAAAAUAUUUUAAUUAUUUAUAUUCAUCUUACGCUCUUAGGCUGUAGUAUCAGGAUUUCCAAGAUGUCCAGCAGAUUCCAGCAGUAAAAUGUAUGCACUCUUACUAGAUCUAACUUUUGCACUCUAUGCUUUCUUUUAGGUGAACUUGUCCGAUUCAAAGACCGAAGCCAGCAGGUCUGAUGGCUGUAAGAAAAUGUCUAGCUGUUUUAAUAGGCAGUAAGCCAGACCAGUGCAACAUAUAUUCAAACCACUGUCUGCUGCUCAGGUCCUCUUUGCAGAGCAUUCCUUUUUUGUCCGCAGGGAGAGAAAUCAAGGCUUGCCCUGGAUUACUAGAACAAAGAGAUGUUUCUGCUGAAUUUUCUCUCUGGUAGGCAGUGGCUGCUUCCAUCACAUUGAGCAGAAUUUCCUUCCAAAGCAACAAUAGCCCGCCUCAGUUAUUACUGGAGCGAGGCCAGGGUAUUUCACUUCAAUGCAAUAAUAUUUUUACAGUAAAAGAGCUGCUGAAUGGGGCCUACUAAGACUAUCAUAUUUGCAGGCAGGGCCACCUUUUACCCCACUCAUAAUUUUGACCUGCAGCCAUUUCCUUGUAAUUAUCAGGCAGGAGAAAAAUAAUAUUCUGAUCCCUGUUACUCCCGAGUAUGCUUUCUGAACGUUUUUUUCGCUUUUUCGCUUUCUCAUCCUCUUUUCUGCUGUGGCAGAACAGGUGUGCCCAGCUGUGAGAAAAGGAGGAGGUAGCCAGACAGGGUGGCAUCAAUAGCCAUGUGGGAAGACAGUUGAGUAGGAAGAAAGAGUGCUGAGGACUUCUGGUUGAUUGUUCUCAUUGUUUCAUUAUACAGAAAUGCAGCUAGCCAGGCAGGCAGGACAGCAACUGACACAAUGACACACCAUCAUGGUCUGUGGGAAAGAGGGAUAAUGGUACCUUGACAGCAAUUUUUGUGUAAGACCCUCCUGGCACUUUAGGAGGAGUGAAUUGUUGGUCUUAUUUUAUGGAUGUGGGAGUUGAAGCACAGGGCAGCUAAUUGCCCUAUUUGCUGAUAAUCGCAGUACUUGCAUCUUCCAUUGGUUUGAACAGGAUCUGCAGAUACUUAUGACCACCAUGAAUCAAGUACAUUAUAUCUGGUUUGCUCAACAUCUUUGGUGAUUCAGAACAGAACAGAAUGGAGGUACAGGUAUAGAUUUAAGGAGGGGAAUAGAGGAAAGAUUCUAAUGAGUCUUGUGUUUCCUCACGGUAAGCUUCCUUGCAGUGGCCCUGGCAAUUUGGAUCUUCCUAGCUCAGCACUGCAGUUCCUCUUCGGCCCCAAGUGACCGAUUUGAGAAGCCACAGGGUACUCGAAAUGCCGCACGGAGCUGGGCAGCGUGGAUGUGCUCACCCACACAAGAAGUAACCUAGGAGGAGGGGCAGCACCCACAUUGCCAGAGGGGCAGCACCUAUCUCUAGUCUAAUUCUCUGUAGCCCUCCACCACAUCAGCAUAUAACACACAUUUCACACAGAUAUAAAUUAAUAUGCACUGCAAGGCUGCCUAUACCAACCAGAUCAUUUGCAUCUCUGUCACUAGGUGUGUGGUCAGGCCUCAGAGCUACUGAAAUACAGCACAGCAGGGCUUCUGGACAUUUGACAAGUUGGCAACGUCAGUGGCUCUAUGGAUUUAACCUGUCCCAUGAGUUCUUUCCAGAUUGUUGUUGCUGUUACAUGUCAGCUUCUCAACCAUUCCUUUCCUGGCUGUCUUCCUCUGUGUUUAGAUCUUUCUCCAGGAAAACUGGAAAGAUGCACUCAUCUAUUUUUCUUCCAAGCAGAAGAACAAAAGUGCAAAAUAAGUGGUGUAUUCCCUGCUGAUUUUGCAACUUGAACCAAUAUUUUUCACAGUGUUUGUGGAAGCUUUCCUCCAGAGACACCUGCCAGAUCUUAAUCCUGCUGAAGCUCUCGCUCCUGUGGCCAUGCACUGCUUUGGAUUGCUAGGAUAAGAUGUUACCUAGGAAAAUGUGACUGCAAGUGGUAUAAGCAAGCAUGUUUUUCUGUAGAGAAAAGUUAACAGUUCCUUUGCAUCUGAGUUUAUUAUAAUGUCAAUUAUUAAAUGGAGUUCAAGAUAUUAUAUUCUGGUGUCUUUGAUACACUUCAUAAUAUAUUUUAAACUCUGAUGCAAUGUUACCGUUUAUCAGUAUUUCCUGAAUGCAGUUACAACUGUUUCAUCGAGCUUCCAAAGUACUGUGCUUUUUAAAACAAGAUUUUGCUAACAUUUUCAGAGCUGCACGAUCACAGGCAGUCAGCAGUAACUCAUCAGAAUCAUUCAGAAAACACUUGAGACUGCCUACCUUUUUAUGGGCCCAAGCAGUGACUGGGAACGUAGGUAUUGAGGUAUUUAGUUCGUAACUACAUAUUUAGUUAACUGACAUUGAAUAUUUCCAAAGGGGAAGCUGAGUGAGACCCACAGUAUUCAUGUGUUAGCUGAUUACAUGUUAUGUGCAUGUGGGAGUGCUUCCCUGUCACCUGCCUUACAUGACUAGUAGGAGCCCAUUGCAUGGCGGUCUUUGUGUAGACUACAGCUAGUGGCAGCAUCUUUGAACACGCCAUUUGCCUCAUGAAACAAGCAAAGACAAGUGGGAGAUUAAAUGUUGACAUAUUUAUUGAAAGCAUUUGUUAGUAAUGUCCUCAUUUAGUUUUAGCUUUUUGGGGAAUAGAACUUACUUGUUUAUUGUAGAUGUUUUAUUCAUUAUAUCCUGUGUUUGUUUCGCCCUAGAGCAUCUGCAGUUUGCCUAAACGCUACUUUUCUAAAUUUCAGUCAGUCUGUGCAUGUGAAGGUGUCAGGUGGUUUUUUAUGCAUGUUUCCCUGUUCAGUAAAAUUAGUGCUUACAAUGUAAUGCAACAUUUGUUUUGAACGCCUUGUUUUCAGCUUGGAGUAGUGUUUAGAUAUUACAUGAAUGGCUGGCAUUUUUGUGUCAGUUUCUAUGUGAAAAUAAAGAUGACUGUGCAAAGAGUGUGAUUUUUCUUAGUAUGAUGGUUAUUACUUUCAUAAAAGGUUUUGAUUUUGGAAAAGAAGUUUCCUGAAUGACUUGUGAAUUUAAACCUCACUGACUGGCAAUUGAAAAUGUUAGCCUAAAAAUUAUAGUAUUUGUUUGAGGCUAUUAAUGUGUGUGCUGUGGUCAUCUUGCCUCUGUCACAGUCUCAGAUCCCAUUUUGCUUGGUACUGUUUUCACCCAUAUAAAGAGGUGAAUCCUAACUAGUGAGCUUAGAGUAUAGAUCAGUAGUUCAGAAAAGGGAAGAAAAAUACUGUUUCUAUUUUAUAGUUGAUAAAUGAAGAAUAAAAUAAUGAAUUGGCUUGGCCAUGCUGUGAAGUUUGUGGCAAAGCUGGAAUUUGAAAUUGUAUCUUCUGAGUCAGGUGUUUGAUCUGUCUCCUUGGCUAGAGAGUUUCAACUGUUUAAAACUUCUUUUUAUACUGAGUAGUUUGAAUGUCACCUAACAAACCAGGUUCUCUUCUUGUUUUGACAUGAAAAAAACUUUGACAUAAAAACUAAGUUUUCCUUUUUGCCAACAGACUUCAUUAACUAUGUGGCUUUUUUAAUCACCAGGCACUCACCCAAAAUAGCCUACACAUUGUUUGCCUGUCCUUACUGGUGGGAAACAUGACCUUCUCUGAUACUGGGCCACCAAAAAAGAAUGUAGUAAAUUUGAGAUGUGAUUGUAAUUUAGCCAGCAUUUACAUAAAAGAAAACAAUGAUCUUCUUGUUAUGGAGAUCAUUAAUGAAACAUCAGCACUGGUCUGCAAAUGCUACCAUGUUGUGAUCCAGCUGAAAAAACAGCCUUGUGUAACUUGAGUAUAUUGCAUAACACAGGAAGUGGAAAAACAAACUGAAUUUUCAAGGGUUGUUUAUGUUUUAACUAGAUCUGAAUGAAAAAUCUACAAUGAAUAGCUUUCUGAGUGAUUUAAGUUAUGUAUCCUCUGAAAGAAUAUCUGUGAGGCAGAAUAUGUUUUUCUCCUCUGUUUAAUGCAGGCAUUUGUGGUUGCAGUUCUUUAGUGUGUUAAUCUAAUAUUUGAAAUUCAAAUAGUAUGGAAUUUCUGGUAAGUCACAUGGCACUGUUUCUGUUUUCUAUUGGAUAAAGGUAUGAAUACAGUCAGUGUUUGCAGGUGAUGCUAAAUUUGUCUUCUUCAUAUAGUCAGGCUUGUAUUUUUGAAAUUUGCUUGCCUGUAAGUCUCUUGACAGAUAAAAGUGGUAAAUCAAAUGUUGUAAUAGGAAAACUCAUGUUCCAGUAAACUCACGGAAACAUAAUUAUUUGCAGAACUUGCUUGACAUUAUUUAUCCAGCUGUCGUUGAACAUCUUUUGAUGUAAGUACAUUCAAGACAAGCCCAUUUCCUUCAAAUAGUGUUUUUCAGUUGUAUCUCACUGUAGAAAUGCAAAGUUGCCAAAUGCAGUAAGAUUUCAGAAAGAGGUAGUUGAUCAAAGAACUCUUCAACUAUUUCUUAUAAGGUUUGCCAUUUUCAAAAGUGUUAAAUUCCCAUGAGAAUCACGUGUGUAAACAGUGAUCUGAUCCCAUUUUUGGCAUUCGAUUCUGAAACAUUUCUUAACAGCUUUAAAAGUCUCCCCCCCCCCCCCGAUAUUUUCAAACAUUCCCGGAUAAGAGAUUUCUGUAGGACUAGUUACAGCCUGUGAAAGUUGAUCUUGUUAUAAAGUUUUUCAAGGAAACUACCUCCAGGCAAAAAGGGAAAAACUGAUUUUAAAGACUGAAAAUUCAGAAGACUGAACUGCAAAAUGAGACUGUCAGGUUUUGUUAUGGCUGGUGUGUGAAUUAAUGUGUGCACUGAGUGCAAAGUAAUUAUUUUGACUUUUCCUUACCUGCAGGUCUGUUUCUCUGACCCAGCUGAAGGGACCUAGACAUUGCUCACCCGAAAAAGAUUGCUCAGCUUCGAGCAGCAGACUGAGGUUGGCCCACCCGUGAAUUAGUAACGGGUAGGAUAGUUGCAUUGAAGAUGAACUUCUGUUCAACAGCCCAUCCUUCAGUAGAACAGAUACUGCUCUAUGGAGGUGAAAAACGGAUAAAUUUUGCAGAUUCUCUCAUCAGGAGGAGGAUUCUCAGUGUCUUUCAGGAGCUUUCGGCACAUAAGAGGGAAGAGAUCCCAUCCAGGUGCAUGAUAAAGACUCAAGUAUUCAGUUAUGCUGGAAGAAGGCUGAAGAUGACAUACCAGAAGCUAUGCAAGAGAGAUGAUACACAUUAUUUUAAUUUUAUGAGGCUGUAGAUCUUGGGAAAAGGAGCAAUUUAUAAUGCCACUCUUUACAAUAAUUAAGAAGUGAUGUGUUUUCUCAGGAUAGUUCAGAAAACUCUGCAUCCUCUUGGCUGGUCAUGAGCUAGAGCUAAAGAUCCAGUUUUCAGAUGACUAAGUGGAAUGCGAAAUGUAUAUGUGGUCUUCUACUGUGGAAGGAACAAAUUAAAUACUGUGGACUCUAAAGAACAGGAAGUAGUUGGGAGUAUUGUGCAGCAAAGAUAUUUUGACGUUGGGAAGAGCUGAUAUCCUGAAACAGACAACUAUUCGAGAUGGCUAUGGAGUCUCUUCCUCUGGAGAUUUUUAAAAACAAGGAUGAGGCACAGCAGGAACAUGAGAUUUUCCUGGGAAUGCAUCCAAGAAGUGGUGGUGGAGGGUUUCUAGUUAAUCAGUUUGUUAAAAGGAGUACUUUUUCAGCAUGCAUCAUUAUUCACUUAAUUUUUUCAUUGAGCCUUUUAAUAUGACAAAGUACACCAAGUGAGCUUCAAGGGGAGUGCAGAAGGCCUUAAUCUGUCUCUUUCAUGUGUCUGCUGCGUUCUUCAAAGGUGAGCAAUCUCCUACUGGAUCUGCAAAAUCCCUGAGAGGGCAGCAGCAAGGAAGAGGAAAUGAAGACAUGUCAAAUCUGAAAAAUCAUAACAUAAUGUUUGACUGCAUUGUUAUCCAAGUACAUCUUUCACUGUAAGAAACCUCUAUGACAAGCAUGGAUUUGUAAUGAGAAGAGGCUAUUAUAUCAAAUCAACCAUCUCUGUCGGUUUGCUGAUCAACAAGACAGGAGCUUUAAUGCCUACAGAUAAUAUUGGCCUCAUAUCUCCUAGUUCAUCCAUUGUACAGAUUGGACUUCAAAUGAGGCAGCAAGUUGGAGAAAACAAGCUGUUGAAGACACUGGAUUGUCCGGAUGGCCUUUCCUUUCAAGGUAGCAAGUUUGCUGAAGGUAACCACUUGAUCACAACACAGUCUCAGUCAAGGAUUAGAGAUGUGCACUGUUGAGGACGUGUUACAGAAUCAGAUUGGUACACGGAUGACAUCUUUCUGCCUGAAGAGAAUGUCAUAAUCCCUGUGUUUCUGAUAUGAAUUUUGUGGGGUAUAAAUAAACUCUUCGUUCCUUGAGGGACACCCUUCUAUUUUGUGCUGACUUUCUCCACCUGGCCAGAGAAAUGUAGUUAAAGACACACAAGAACAGCAGGACAUCCUGAGGAUGUGCUGCAUGACUGAGGAGGUGCCCCAGAAGCUGCUUCUCUCGGCUGUGGAAGUCUGAUCACAAUUUCUCUGUGUUUUGGGGUAUGUGAAUGUCCAAUAUAACUGUGUUCCAGAGAGUUAUGUGGCUAUAAAAAGAAGUAAGAGUGACACCUGGGUAUAUUCUGUGAAAAUGCUUCCAAUAGAGAUAAGUAUACUGAUCCCUCAUUGCAUGUACUGCUCUUCAUCUGUUUUAAUCCUUAUGUUGAAAAAUAACCUGGACUUUCAGCAAUCCAGUUUAUCUUCAUUAAAAAGCUAACCCACUGUUCCUGAGGUUCUGCACCCAGAAACCUUUGCCCUGUGUAUCAUUAGACUGUCCCAUCUCCUGAAGUUCCCCAAUUUCACAGCUGGUUGUCCUGAUGGCAAUGCACUGAACAGGCUGGCCAGCCCUCUCUCCCUUGCGCCUAGAGAACGUCCUGCCAGAAGUGAAUCAAGGCUGCUCUCUGUUGGCCUGCAGCACUCUUUCUUGGAGCAUGAUGCGGUGGAGGAAGCCCCCACGCCUCAUCUGGCAGGUCAGCAUGGGAUCUGGCGCAUGGCCUUGCGGGAGGAUGGAGAGCCCCAGGGGAGCCCACCCGGGCCCUGCUAGACCAUACCAUGAGCAAGACAUGGCUGCAAGCAUGCUCAGUAGUGCGUUAUUGCCUGCAAAGCAGUGGGAAGAUCAAACAGCUUUUCAGACAGCUGCUCAACAUUGGUCACUGCCUUACAAGAACAAUGAACCCAUCAGUGCAGCUGAACAAGACUCUACAUCACCCUACGGAUGCAGAGGUGCCCACCUGAUGAUGUGGGAAACCCAGCAGCAGUCGUUACUGCGCAGCUGGAUGUGUUUGGUACGUGGCUGCCUCGGGCUCCCAUGAUGGACACGCUUCCAG